AUACACUAUCACCAUGGUCCAUCAGACUCGCACCGCCAGCAAGGCCGUCCCAGCCAAACACCUGAGUCCCAUGCGCAACACGCAGGACAUGCAGCUCGGCAAAUAUGGCAUCUCGAGCAGUCCGGCUGACAGCUUCCUGCACAGCAACAGGCUCAGCGUGCACAGCAGCAGCAGCAGCAGUAGCAGCAGCAGCAGUCCCCAAACUGCAGCUGCCUAUAAAUACAACAAUAUGGUCAACAAUAAUCGGGAGCAGUUCAAUGCCCUGCACUUCUGCUAAGCCGCAUUACGAUUAAAUUGAGAUGACGUCUGAAAUAAA